CUGGUAACUUGGUGGAAGCUGAAGAAGUUCCCCGCCAUUCUCAUUCUUACUUUCCCGCCAUUAUCUGCCACUAAAGACCACUCACUGAAGCUCCACAUUUUACCUAAUCGAAGAGGCGAAGCUAGCUCGAAUCCUAUCGCUCUCUGUAACUCAAGAGCACCAUCGACUCUUUAUCCCAAAGGAGAAAUGGGCGACACCGAUUUUCACGAAUCAAACCAACUGCCUGAACUCAAGCUAGAUUCUAAGCAGGCUCAAGGGUUUCUCUCUUUCUUCAAAACCCUACCGGAGGACCCUCGGGCAGUUCGGCUCUUUGAUAGACGGGACUAUUAUACCGCUCAUGGUGAAAAUGCAACUUUUAUCGCCAAGACUUAUUACCAUACAACUACGGCUAUGCGGCAAUUGAGUAAUGGGUCUGAUUGUCUUUCGAGUGUUAGCAUCAAUAGAAAUAUGUUUGAAACAAUCGCCCGGGAUCUUCUUCUGGAUAGAACUGACCAUACCCUUGAACUCUAUGAGGGAAGUGGGUCUAAUUGGAAACUGGUAAAGAGUGGAACUCCGGGAAAUCUGGGCAGUUUUGAAGAUGUUUUGUUUGCCAACAUUGAAAUGCAAGAUUCUCCUGUGGUUGUUGCACUCAAUCCAAACUUCCGUGAAAAUGGGUGCACAGUGGGUUUGAGCUAUGUUGAUUUGAAUAGAAGAGUUUUAGGGCUGGCAGAAUUUAUGGAUGAUAGUCACUUCACAAAUGUUGAGUCAACUUUGGUUGCUCUUGGCUGCAAGGAAUGCCUUCUACCUAUUGAAGCUGGCAAAGCGAGUGAAUAUAGAGUUUUGCAUGAUAUCAUGGACAAAUGUGGUGUCAUGUUAACGGAGAGAAAGAAAAAUGAGUUCAAAGCAAGAGAUUUGAUGCAAGAUCUGGGUAGGCUUAUCAAAGGAACUACUGAGCCAGUGCGAGAUAUGGUUUCUGGAUUUGAAUUUGCUCCUGUAGCUUUGGGGGCCCUGGUGUCUUAUGCAGAAUUGCUUGGAGACGAGAGUAACUAUGGAAAGUAUAGCAUACAGAAAUACAAUCUUGAUCUCUACAUGAGGCUGGAUUCUACAGCCAUGAGGGCACUGAAUGUCCUUGAAAACAAAACUGAUGCAAACAAAAACUUCAGUUUAUUUGGUUUAUUGAAUAGAACCUGUACUGCUGGGAUGGGUAAAAGAUUACUUCACAUGUGGUUGAAGCAACCCCUUUUAGAUGUGGAAGAAAUCAACUCCAGGUUGGACUUGGUUCAGGCUUUUGUAGAGGAUGCCACAGUCCGCCAAAAUUUGAGGCAACAUUUGAGAAGAAUCUCAGAUAUUGAGCGACUAGUGCGUAAUCUUGAGAAAAGAAGAGUUGGUUUGCACCAUAUCGUGAAACUUUAUCAGUCUUGCAUAAGGCUUCCAUUCAUCAAAAGUGCUUUGGAGGAUUACAAUGGGCAGUUUUCAUUAUCUAUAAAGGAAAGGUAUCUGCAGCCCCUGGAACUUUGGACUGAUGAUGAUCACUUGAAUAAGUUUGUAAGCCUUGUCGAAACUUCUGUUGACCUCGAUCAACUUGACAAUGGAGAAUACAUGAUAUCGCCUGGCUAUGACUCUGCUCUAUGCGUGCUGAAAGAAGAGCAGGAAACAUUAGAAAAAGAGAUUCAUAAGUUGCAUAAACAAACUGCUAUCGAUCUUGAUCUUCCUGUUGAUAAGGGGCUGAAGCUGGAUAAGGGUACACAGUUUGGAUAUGUAUUCAGGAUCACCAAGAAGGAAGAACCAAAAAUAAGGCAAAAAUUGACAACCCAAUUGAUUGUUCUUGAAACCCGAAAAGAUGGUGUGAAAUUUACGAACACGAAACUAAAAAAGUUAGGUGACCAGUACCAAAAGGUGGUAGAUGACUACAAGAAUUGUCAAAAAGAGCUGGUUAAUCGAGUUGUGGAAACUACAGCAACUUUCUCUGCGGUGUUUGAGUCGUUAGCUGCCAUACUUUCUGAAUUGGAUGUCUUGCUCAGUUUUGCCGAUCUUGCUUCAAGUUGUCCUACUACAUAUACAAGACCGGACAUCACCCCAGCUGAUGUGGGGGAUAUUAUAUUGGAAGGGAGUAGGCAUCCCUGCGUGGAAGCUCAGGAUUGGGUGAACUUCAUACCUAAUGAUUGCAAACUUGUACGGGGAAAGAGCUGGUUCCAGAUAAUUACAGGGCCUAACAUGGGAGGAAAGUCAACAUACAUUAGACAGGUUGGUGUGAAUGUUCUCAUGGCACAAGUAGGUUCUUUUGUUCCUUGUGACAAGGCUAGCAUUUCUGUCCGUGAUAGCAUUUUCGCUCGUGUUGGUGCCGGUGACUGCCAACUACACGGGGUUUCCACUUUCAUGCAAGAAAUGCUUGAAACUGCUUCAAUUCUGAAAGGAGCUUCAGACAAGUCAUUGAUAAUUAUUGAUGAGUUAGGUCGUGGGACUUCCACUUAUGAUGGAUUUGGUUUAGCAUGGGCCAUCUGCGAGCACCUAGUCCAAGUGGUCAAAGCACCCACUUUGUUUGCAACCCAUUUCCAUGAGCUGACUGCAUUAGCUGACAAGGAAGCAGACAACACAUCUGACGGGAAGCCAAAAGUUGCUGGUAUAGCUAACUACCACGUUAGUGCUCACAUAGACUCAUCAAGCCACAAGCUCACCAUGCUAUACAAGGUUGAGCAGGGUGCUUGUGAUCAGAGUUUUGGGAUUCAUGUUGCAGAGUUCGCAAACUUUCCUGGAAGUGUUGUUGCUCUUGCUCGAGAGAAAGCUUCUGAAUUGGAAGGUUUCUCGCCGAGUGAUAUCGUUUCAAAUGAUGCAACAGAUGAGGGGGACUUGAAAAGGAAAAGGCAAAUCGAUCAUGACGACAUAUCGAGAGGGCAAACAAGAGCUCGACGGUUUCUGAAAGAGUUCUCCAAUUUGCCAAUGGAGAAAAUGGACUUGGAUCACUUGUGCGACAAGGUAACGGAGAUUAAAGGAGGAUUGGAGAAGGACGCAGCAAAUUGUCAAUGGCUUCAGCAAUUCGUCCCAAGUCGUUCUUAGAUAAUGUACAGUUGGGCACGGUUUGCACAUCACUGGAACAUUUUGGAGUAGAUUAGCCAUAAUCUAAAGACUGUCCGCUACAGGCUUUCAUUUUGCCUUUUCCCUCUGUUUUUGUAAUUUUGCUUCUUCCAUUCCGUAGGGGAGUUGGAGGGGGGAAAGAGGGUCAACGGGAUUAGAGAGAUUUUGCUUUCGAACAGGGUAGAUGCAAGCUGAGAAUUAGGUAUCGUACCAUGUCCCAAAAUUCUGUUAAUACGAAUUUUCUUGUGACCUUUUUAAAGUAACCAUUUUGGUUCAAGUAUUCAACAUUUUGCAGGCCUAAAUUACUAGCAGCAAUACGUGACUACAAAACCAGAGAGCACUGACUACACUGUACUCGUUUCUUUGUCUCAAAACUAGACGGUUAACUUACCUGCUGCAGUACAUUUUUUAAAUUAUAGAUCCUACAAUACAUUCAAAUCAUAACAGCAAAGCAGGUUCACCCGUUCCAAUGAAUCUCAGAUUGAUGCUUCUAUCCAAUCAAUGUAUCUCAGUCAAUGCUACAUACACUAAACACAGGAGAAGACAGAUCGAGCGUUGCGAUGGAAUUCUGGAAUUAGUCGAGUUUUUAGCUGGUUUUCCGGUCGCCUUGUUGAUUCCGUGACUCUAAGAACAGCCGCACAGUUGAGUAGAUCACCGAUGGUUCAGCCAUUGCACCAUUACCAUAAUCUCCACAAGCCAACCUCUUUGAAACAGGUGGGAUUAGGGUAAUCCCGAUUUCAUCGAUUCCCAUGAGAUGUCUUUCUGUGAAAGGGUUGGUCCACAUGAAUGUGUUCAUGGCAGGUGCCACAAAAAGUGGCUUCUCGUAGUCCCAUGCUCGGACAACACACGUCAGCAGGUUAUCGCACAAUCCCCCCGCGAUCUGCAUUUAUACAAAUAUGAAGGGAAGAAAAAAGAAAGAUAGUUAGCAUCAAGUAAUCCCUAACAACCUGCAAAAGAAACCAAGUUAAC